AGACGAACGCAAGGAACGACAUCAUCACCACUUUCGUGUCAUAAACUUCAAAAGGUUCACGAAGUGAUCACAAUCGCACCUUCAACGACAAGCCAAACCAAGAAAUCGAAAAAGCAUUCAAUCAUGGCUAAAGAUUGGAACUUUCGUCAGAUCGCGGCCGAAUUCUUGGCCACCACCCUGUUCGUCUGGUGCGGAACCGGUGCCGCCGUGUCUUCGAACAGAUGGAGCGAGGCGGGAACAAACGACCCUGCGUAAGUGAAAUAAAGCACUGCACCAUUGCGAUUGGUUUCGCAGCAAAGCGUUGUUCGCACAAAACUGAAGACGCGGGUGGAUUCGGUUCGAUGUCACGUUCUGCCAUUGUCCUUUGUGCAUUCUCUGGUCGCAUUCGUUUCGUUUUCGACACCCAACUCACUUUGAUAAGACCGUUACUCUUCCGUUUGUGCCGCUUUUCUGCAUAACGAAUCGAAUAACAAACACCCCGAAAUAGUGCACUCGUAAGUAACGAUUCCGACAGAGGAUUGAUUGCUGAUGCUUUCCUGUGUUGUUUUGAAUCAACAAUGGAUGGAGAAACUAAUCGACGAGGACCCGACCAAACUGUUCUCCCUUCAAAAUCUUACCUAUUUCUUUCUCUUGUGCUUCUAUUCGGCCGUCCCAUACUCGUUGUAGAUUACCAUUGCCAUUGGCUUCGGUUUUGCCAUUUCCGUCCUCGCGUACGGCAUCGGCCACAUUUCCGGAGGCCACAUCAACCCCGCCGUGACCUUGGCAUUCGUAGCCCUCGGAGAACAGAGCAUCGUGAGCGGUCUCCUUUACAUGAUUGCCCAGUUCGCCGGCGCCUUUAUGGGAUCGCUCAUUCUUUGGGGCUGUACCUUCUCCCUCACCGACAUUUGCAAGACCGUCGAUUCGAUGGUAACCGGUGUGUGCAGGAACUCUGUCAGUCCCGACGGAUCCUACGGUCCGCCCUUUGGACUCGGUCUCAACUCCGUCGGCCCACGGGUCAACACGGGUGCCGCCUUUCUCCUAGAAAUUGUCGGAACCUACCUCCUGGUCAUCACCGUCAUGAAUUCUGCCGUUCACAAGAAGUCUGGCGCCGGCAACGCCGCUCCCAUCGCCAUCGGUUGGUCCGUCAUGCUCGCCCACAUCGUCCUCAUUCCCUACACCGGAUGCGGAAUCAACCCCGCUCGUUCCUUCGGACCCAUGAUGGUCGAUAGCAUUGGAGGGCUCGCCGGAAAGGUUUGGGUCCGUGGAUGGUGGGUGUACUACACCGCCCCAUUCGUCGGGUAAGUUUUUUCGUGCGGCGAAGCAAAUGGUCAACACAAAACGAAGCAGGAUUCGAAGUCUUUUUCUUGUGCUGUCAUUGAUGUUUUGCCUUAUAUCUAAUCUGUUGCAUAUUGGAUCUCUUGAUAAUUCAACCACAGGAGUUUGCUUGCAGCCUUUACCUACAAAUUUAUUUUCGAGGAACCCGAGGAGAAAGCAGAAGAGCCCGAAACCAAGAAGGACGAAGAAAACGUCGAUGCCUAAGGGAAUCACUGUUUUCGUUGUCUCUUUGGUUACGAAAAGCACAGCAGUAUUUUGAUUCAAUUUAUAUAUGUCGCCAACACAUGUAGUCGGGCAGCCUUGGUAAUGGAAAGCGAACUGAAUGGAAAUCAUUCGCUAAUCCAGUCGAGAGAAAUCGUGCGCCCGGCCUUAAGCAACUACUAGAUGUCCUGUUUAAUUCAAUUCAAAUUG